GAGGUGUCCCCCGACGUCGCUGAUGUAUUGCGAAAGCAACCACGGUCAACAACAUGCUUGUUCAAUGUCACCGCGUUGCGAGGGAGGUCGGGAUGUACCUCUUGGAGUAUCUGUGAAUGUGAUUACAGAAUCACAUUAGAGCACAAAGAAAUACGAUAAAGGUACUGACAUCAGCCCAAGAUGUCUGCCUCCAGCUCCAGACUCCUGGUUCUGGCAGUGAGGACUGCCUGUAGCCACACACAACCGAGGUACCUGCUGGCGAACGCGCCCGUCCCCGUCCUCACCCAGUCGCGGGCGUACGCCAUGGACCCGCUCUCCGUGGCCAGUCGGAAGGCUCAGGUCCCGUCGUGCAAAGCGGACCGCGUGUCUCCGGACCUGGGGGUCAACCAGAGGAACCUGUCCGCGGUGGCCGCCUCCCUGAAGGGCCAGUGCCGCCCGCUCUGCAGGUACGACUUUCUGGACCUCGGGGAAGUGGAGGAGAACACCCGCAAGGCGCAGGCCUGCAAGAGCCUCCGCCGCUUCAUCGUGGACCCAGCCCUCGCCCAGCUGGUGGCCGACCGCCUGGAAGGAGACCUGGCGGAUGGGAAGGCCGUCAUCUUCGAAUGCAACCCCGGCCCUGGUGUGCUAACACGGACGCUGCUGAACUCUGGAGCUCAGAGACUGGUGGCGCUAGAGAGUGCAAAGUCCUUCCUACCUGAGCUGCAGGCCCUGGAGAGCAGUCUGGACGGGCAGCUGGAGGUGGUGCACUGCGACUUCUUCAAGCUGGACCCGCUCGGGCACGGGUCCAUGAGGCCCCCCGCCAUGUACUCUGAGAAGCUCUUCACUGACCUGGGCAUCUCCGAGGUGCCUUGGACCGCAGACGUGCCGGUGAAGGUGGUGGGGAUCUUCUCCCAGAGGAACGAGAGGAACAUGCUGUGGAAGCUGGUCUACUCCCUGUUCCAGCGCCUCUCCAUCUUCCGCUACGGCCGCGUGGAGAUCAUCAUGUUCAUCAGCGAGAAGGAGUACACGAAACUCGUAUCCAGACCAGGGGAAUUUCAGAGUUAUCAGGCUUUAAGCACGCUGUGGCAGAUGGCUUGCGAUAUUGAGCUGCUUCACAAGGAGCCGUGGUCAUCUUUUGUGACGGUAUCCAAACACGGUGGAUUGGCAAUCCAGAAAAGCAGACUCCCGAACGACCACCUGUGCCUGGUGAGGCUGACCCCUCGCCCGAGCCUGUUCACGGCUCACCUCACCCCUGCGAACGGCGCCACAUUGAUCAUGAUGGUCAAGCAGUGCAUGGCCAAGAGGAAAGCCCUGCUGGUGGACAGGCUCAAUUCUUGGAGUCCAGACAGUGGAUUGAAGAUCAUGCAGAAGAUGGGCCUUCUGGAGAACACCCUGACUGGACACUUGUUUCCGGAAGAGUACAAACACCUGUUCCAGCUGAUGGAGCAAUCGGAGGAGUUCAGCCACAGCUGGCUCUAUGAAGAGGUCUUGGAGAACACCCAGAAAUCUGGCCUUUUGUGACUUCCUCGAGAACAGAAUUCACACAUUAUGUUGCUUAAGAACCGAAUUUAGCACAUGCAUGUUCCUGUAAGAACAGCAUUCAUGUGGAAGCUUCUGAAGAACAGAAUUGCUCCAAAUGUUCCUGAAGAAAAGAAUGGGUGUUGUCUUCCUGAAACAAUGCUGGCUUCACGUGAUAGCUCCUGAAGAAAUGAAGUUUAUCAUGACAGUUCUUCAAGAACUCAGGCAUUCAGCAGCUAAUACUGAAGACCUAAAGAACAGUCUCCCAUUAGUUGCCAUAGGACUAUGUGACUCAGUCUCAUGUCUUCUCCUGCAGUGUGGGGCUUCUUUUUACUCUUCAGAUUCCUCAGCUCUAAAUUGCUUGCUGGACAUGCUAUUUACAUCUCACAUUAUUAAAUGGGCAAAUAAAGAAGAAGCUAAAUAAGAUUCGACUCGAGUAAUUUACAUCCAGCAACUCUUCUUUGGCUACAAUGUAAUGUAUCUUUUUUAAGUCUGUACUAUUGGCCCAUGCAGCAGAUGCAGAAUAGUAGACUUAUGUAAUGCCUAAUGCUUGUACAGAUUUCUUUUUUCAAUAUUAUAUGAACUAUGAACUCUGUGUACAUAACAAAAAGAACGCUGUGUAAAUCGUAAACUUAUGAUAAACCAUGUAAAUUCA